AUGGCCAAACAUAUCGAGGAUGGCAAAGAUCUGUCCUUGAACCUCGAGGAAGUGCCCCGCCGGUCGGCUCUGAAGAGCAUUAUAUCAUCCGCCAAGAAGGACUCCAGUAAUAUUCAAGGCCGAGAUCGCUCUUCUCUAUCCCGAACGGCACUUCCACCGGUCUCUGUGGCUACCGUUCCCAGAACCACGGACUCGAGCUCUAGUGAUUUGGAAACCGGGGGUUUCUCUAAAUGGUCCAAGAAAGUCCGUGAUGUCCAUCUUCUCGUCGGAGCAACACCUUCCGGUGAUAUGUUAUACAAUGGUAACGCUCCCGCAGGCAGCUACAUUCGAUGGCGUACUCAAGUUCUCGACAAAGUGUCUGAGCAUCCGGUAGAGGACGUCCGCAUCGCGGCCAUACUUCAUUGUAUCUCUGAACCUGAGAAGACCAAAGUCAAGCGUCAGCUCAGAACUCAUCCUGUUGCAACUGCUGAUGAACUGCUGUCCCGGCUUGACAAGGAGCACUUGACGGUCCCCGAGAAGGCGGCUCUGGUAAACCAAUGGGUUGACGUGUGCCAACGGCCUGGCGAGUCGGCUUACUCCUAUGUUCAGCGGUUUGAGGAACUAGUUCAUCUACGAUCCGUCACCCAUCCUGAGCACGGCCAGCUGCACGAUAUGGACCUUCUCAGUAUGCUCCGUCGAGGGUUCACGGAUCCGAUUUGUCGUGGUGCCCUGCCGCUCAUCGAUCCUACCGGUAAGAUGAGUUACGAUGGCUACAAGAACAGCGUGUUGGCAUUCGUUAGUUCUUUGCCGCAGUCCGCUUCGUUGAGUGUCUCUCCUGGCCUCUCUGUGCCCGGGACCAACUGCGAGACCAGUACGUUCCGAUCAAAACGAGAUGAAAAGGCCGCUCGUCAAAAGCCUAAGGUCUCCGACGACAGUCCGAUCUACUCCCAUGUGCGAUCUGCCAUCACUCGUGAGCUUGGUAUCGCUGAUAAGGCUUGUCUGCGUUGCGGCAAGGAAGGUCAUUUUGCCAGGGACUGCACCUCUACCAGUGUUUUCCGUUGGUCAGAGCGUUGUAAGACCUGUGGAGGACUCAGCACUGUCGGUGGUAAACCUCAUCAGUGUAAGGUCUCCAAGCGGCGAGUUACUUGUACCUCAUGCGGCCAGGGAGGGCAUAUGUGUAGUGUCUGUCCGACUGCCAAAACAGCCGGGGGCUCCGUCGCGUCCCACCAGACUGCUGCUCAACAGUUGUCGUCCCUCUUCCCCGUCUCCUCUGCCUCUUCCCAGACAGCUCGUGCGGAAGUCCAUGCCGGUCAGUCCGUCUCGGUCCAGUUCCCGAAGCUCCCCGAGGUGUCUCUGCGUUUGGGUCAUGACCAU